AUGAACUGCGCCGACAACUCUGGCGCCCGUAACCUCUACAUCAUCUCCGUCAAGGGUAUUGGUGCCCGCCUCAACCGUCUCCCCGCCGGUGGUGUUGGUGACAUGGUUAUGGCCACCGUCAAGAAGGGAAAGCCUGAGCUCCGCAAGAAGGUCAUGCCCGCCGUCAUUGUCAGACAGUCAAAGCCCUGGAGACGCGCUGACGGUAUGUUCCUCUACUUCGAGGACAACGCCGGUGUCAUUGUCAACCCCAAGGGUGAGAUGAAGGGUUCCGCCAUCACCGGCCCCGUCGGAAAGGAGGCCGCUGAGCUUUGGCNNCCGUAA